GUAGCUAGUUUUGUGGACCUUGCUAAAAUCCCCAAAAUUGUAAAAAGUCACUGUAGUACACGAAUUCCUCUGGUGAAACCAAACAGCUACUCUCUGAGAGUGUGUGGCCAGGAGGACACAGUCUAUGCAGGGAACGAAGAUGAGUUGGAAGCCUGGAAAGAUUUCUACCUGCCAGAGAGAAUGGAAAUGGAGGUAAUUGGUGCAGUUGAUGACUUCCCAUGUGAGGCGUUUGGCCUGCACCUGGUCCUCUUGCUGUGUGAAGAUGGCAACAUAUAUGCCUACGAAGACGUAGUUCUGCACCUUGUGGCCAGAAGCUUAAAGGAACUGUUUAGUAGUGGCAUGACCUUUCCUGGAAUAGAAACCUUCCAACUCGGGGAAUGUUUUGAAUAUACAGAAGAAGAAUACAAUAAAAUAAUGGAAUCCAGUGAAGUUAAGGAAGUGAAAGAAGAGCACAGGAAGUUCCGUGAAUCCUUGGAUCUUGAGCUGCUUCAGGCUCUAAGGGACUUCAAAGAACAAAUGAAGGCGGAAUUGAGCACUGCAUCUGAAGUCCAAACAGAGGAAGAGAGAAUACGACCCAAGAAUACUUUAAUGUGCUGUGAUGUUGUCCAUCAAAACCCUAUGCCUGUUGUUCCUUAGAAACAGCAAACUAUACCAACCCCGGUCACCAUACCAACCCAUCAUCAGGUUUUUUUUGUUUUUUGUUUUUUGGGUUCUUUUUCAUGCUUUUCAAUAGGCAAUAUACUGUGAAAUGUGCCUCAGUUUAAUUUGCAACCAGAUAGUCAGUAACAUUUCAUCAGCCAAGUGUUUAGACAGUGAAAUUAUAAAAAUUCUACUUCAGCUCACCCCAGGCCUCAUAAGAUAAUGACAGCAACCCUUUUCUCAGUAAAGUCCAGGUCAGUAGAGUUCAGAGCUGAGAACUUGGAAGAUUGCUUCAGUGAAUGGUUAGGAGUGAGUUAAGGUUUGGGAGAUGUUUUCAAACAGGAAGGC